AUGAUGUACUCAUCCACACUCUUUGCGGCCCUCGGCUUUACCGCCAUCGCCAAUGCUCAUAUGGUUAUGAACACCCCAGCGCCUUUCAAGACUGGUCUCAACAACUCCCCUCUCGACCCAAGCGGAAGCGAUUUCCCUUGCAAAUUCUCAGGAACUUACAAGGAAGACUCGACUCCUCCCACCUCUCUGGCGGUCGGCUCAACUCAACCCCUCAAGUUCACCGGUGGUGCAACUCACGGUGGUGGAUCUUGCCAAAUCUCCGUCACAUACGACAAGGUUCCAACCAAGAACUCCGUCUGGAAGGUCAUCCACUCGAUCGAAGGAGGUUGCCCCGUUCAGGGCGUCGCCGGUAAUGCUGGCGGUGAUCCAACCGCCCCAAGCCCAACUGAAUACACCUUCCCAGUCCCAGACAUCCCAACUGGUGAUGCCGUUCUCGCCUGGACUUGGUUCAACAAGAUCGGAAACCGCGAGAUGUACAUGAACUGCGCGCCGGUCGUCAUUGGAGGCAACACUGCCAAACGCGACGAGCAAGACCCAUUGAACAACGCUACCCAGCUCGUUCAACGCGACCAAGCCAAGUACGAUGCUCUGCCAAACAUGUUCGUCGCCAACAUCGCCGGACAAGGUAGCUGCACGACUGAAGAGUCCGUUGAUCUCAUCUUCCCCAACGCAGGUGAUUCCGUCACCUCCAUGGGCUCAGGACAAUACAAAGGCCCAGCUGGCUGCGCUGCCGGUGGUGGUUCAACUCCAACCAAAGCACCAUCUUCGGGCUCAGCCGCUCCCUCAGCUCCAGUCGCCUCCGCAACCAAGUCCUCCCUUCCAGGCGGUGUUUUCGCAACCGUGGCACCAGUUUCUGGCUCCCCAUCGGCCUCGACGCCAGUAGCAUCCUCCGCCGUCCCCGCAUCCUCAGCAGUGCAAUCCUCCGCCGCCGCCCCCUCCCCAGCACCAACCUCCGUUGUCGUCCCCGUCGCAUCAACCUCCGCCGCUCCCCCCGCCGCAACCGGCACCACCGGCUCCGGCUCUGCCCUCACCGGUCCUUGCACCACCGAGGGCAUGUGGAACUGCAUCGGCGGGACCUCCUUCCAGCAGUGCGCCAGCGGCAGCUGGUCCAUCGUGCAACAGAUGGCCGCGGGCAUGAGCUGCACGGCCGGUCAAUCGUCCUCGCUCUCCAUGAAGGCCGCCGUUGCUAAACGCGCCCUGCGCUUCUUUGCCUAA